GGAAUUUGAAGGCGUUUUUGCGCAUUCCAUUUGUGCUGCAGAACAUCGUCGAGUCGUUGUUUUUGUGCGUCAGGCAGAACUUGUUUCUGGCUCGAAAACUGUUGGACUUGUUGCGGUGCGUAGGCGAAAGCUUGUUGGCCUUGCAGAUAGCAGCAAUUACAUCUUCUGCUAAUAGUUUAGAAGGUGAUCAUGUUGGCACCAUUGCUUCCAACAAGGGCAAUCUUGCCCCAGGAGACCAACACUCAAUCCUUUCCGGGGCUGUCCUUUCUCAACUAAUGCGCGACUUCGAACCAGACGCCUCUUGGUUCUACGAGUCUUCGUAUUUUAGUCUGAGAGCUGGUGGCGCAAAUUCUUGUCGGGGGGACGACGGGGACGAUGUGGACGACGAGUCUGCAAGUGCUGAUGACGAAGACGCCUACAGUCACAACCAACAGGGACGAGGGAGUGGCGCAGUAGCUCAAGAUGCAGGCGAAACCACUCAUGAGGAAGCGGCAGCUCGGAAUCUGAGACCUUGCCCUUGCGGUGGAGGGCCCUUGAUGAAUGGAUUGUGCCAUUUGUUGCUCAUGAGCACUUCCGAAAACAGAUGGUUGCCGGCACCAGAUGGCUUGCCACUGUUCUCAUUGCUAAUCCGACGCCCAUUGUCGGACUUGGUAUCGCUGUUGUGCAGUGCAGUCCCGGAUUUGGCGGAUUUCAUCUGUCAGUCUUUUUUCAGAGAAGUAGAAGUAUUUGAUCAUCCUCAAGUGGGAGGUGGUUUUGGAGCAUCUUCAGAUGAUUUGCAGAAUGCAGCUGCAAUGGGUGCAUCAGCUUUCGGCACUGCGCUGAAUAUGGUUGUCCCAAUGCAACCUAAUUUCGGAGGUGGACAAGAUCAAGGUGCCGUGGAUCAUUCGUCACCGAAUCUAGUAGGGAACGCCCUUGCCAACUCCUUAGACGCCUUAGUAGCGGAGAUGGACGAAGACGUUGGCAGACAGAUCAAAAGACGGAAACGCAGAGAUGCAGAUCGAGAUUACUUGCGGAAAAACGCCAUGCGUUGGCUACCACCAGGCUACAGAGUAUGCCACAUUCUGAUGGCUACGAGUCAGGUGUUGAUGGAGAAAGAGGGAACUGGAGGGGGCGGCGCGAGUGGAGCUAGUAGUACUAAUAUGUUAUCGCCUAGUAGAGGCGGAGCGGGAGGCAGAUCCGCUAUGGCGACCAGUAAGGCUCUUCUCGACACCGUACUCGAUGAAGAACAUCAUCAGGAACUCGUUUACUACUGUUUACAACUUGUUCAGACACUGCUGUUGAGGAAUUACUAUAUGGGAGCGAGUGGAAGUGCUACUGGAGGUAGUGCUAGUGGAGCGGGCGAUACCAGCACACAUCAACACCAAGGAACCUACGAGCAAGCACUUUCUACAGUGCCCAUUGCUUCCAGUGCUUUAGGGCCAAACUACGGAUCCCGAGAACCUUUCCUGCAGUUUUUCCUGACACUCUUCACGGACGUUUUCAGUCGGAUCAGUGACCGCGACCUCGCUGACGCAGCCGCGUAUCUAGCAAGGCAUGCAGAGACACCCUCUUGUUUUUAUUCAGCAGUCUGUGUCUCAGACCCACUAAAGGAAGAGCUGGCGCAUUUUCGAAAAGCAGACGCCCACAAAAGUGCAGGAUCUAUGUUUGGAGGACUGUUUCAAAGCGGAGGUAGUAGCUCUUCUUCAAACCUAUUCGGAAGCCCAGGAUCCUCCUCAUCUGGUAGAGGUGGAACUUCUACUGCAGGUGGUCGAUUAUCCUCCGGCUUGUCUAGUACCUCUUCACCGCUGCCAGAAGCACAAGCCUUCCACCAUUUCUCAAAAGUAACGACUUUGGUUGCUUGUGUAGAAACGUUCAGCCUGUGGACAGAGAGCUGCAGUCUGUUGAGAGGACAGAUAGAGCACCAUACAACCCUAGUGGUGGUCCGGAUGCUGAAUUUGGUGAACGAGAUAUUCUCGGAGUUGUCUGUGGGACGAAGUAUCGCGGCAACAUCAACAGCAACUAGUGGGGCCGGGGGACCAAAUACCUCAGUGACGAGGAGGAGCAACAUCAACGACUUCGGAUUCGGUGAGAGUGAUCUGAGACUCCGAAAGUUCUUGCGGGUUUUGCUAGUUUCCUUGCUCACGCAGUGGUUGCCUUUCUGUCCUGAAAUCCUUUCGAGGAUUCCAGACUGUCCAAGUGUUGCCGAUUUGCAUGCGGAACUAACACUAUUGACUGAAAGCAGUAGCAUUUCACUCGCAGCAGCAAUGAGUGGAACAAGUCGUGGUGGUAGAGCAAGUGUUGCGUCCGCAUCCAAGACACAACAGGGUACACAGCUUGGACUUGGAGGAGGAACCACAAAUGCUGCUGGCGCUUCCUCGACCGGAGAUAAUAUAUCCCAAUUUUUAACCCCCACUGCAGUUCGGCUGAGGUUCUGUUCGGCACGCUACCAUCAGUUCAUUCUCAGCCUACAUCUCCAACGUAGAUUGGUUUUGGCCUUCAUGGCGCAAACCAAUAUUGCUACUGGAGGUGGAGCUGCUUCUUCUGGCAGCAGUGCUGUCGGAGGUAAUGUAUCAGCGAAAAACACUGGUCCAUCAACAGCAGCCACAGCCAGCACAGCUUCUUCGGCAGAUCAAUCCCACCUCUUCAUCCUUGAAGAAUACAAAGAACUAAUGCGCGCACAGGAACAGGAGAUGCAUGGCAUACGGAAAGAGAAUAUCAGAUUACGGCAAGAGGUAGCAACAGCAUUGGCAAAGAUCCAACAUGCUGAACUACUUUUGACUGCUGCGAGCUUUGGAGAUGGUACAACGGGUAGGGAACAAGCUGGGACUUUUGGAGGAGAUCUAGUACCUGCUUCAAGUCCCACAACUACUGCUGGAACAAGUCCUAAAACUUCUACAGGAGCAGGUGCAUCUGCAGGGCCAGCAAUUUCGCCCAAUUCUAGUGGAGAUGGAAGAACAAUUUCCUCCACAUCAGCGAUGAUGAACGUUUCACCAUCUGCGGCGUCUGUUGUAGACGCAUUGAUGCUUCGACAGAGUGAGCGCAACCUGCUAUUGAUGCGCUCAAGGUUAAAAACUGUUGAAGCCGAAAGAGAUCGCCUAGCGCAGAUGCUAAGACAUCAAGCUGGGGCUUAGUGAUUCUCCUACGCUUUAGCUUCUGUGUAGAUGAAAUCAAAAUGUUACGCUUACCUCCUGUAUUCCCUUUUCCAAAUAAAGCAAUAACAUCCGUUUCUGAUGAUCAACAGUCAAUCAUCCGAGAUGCGACACAAAGUAGCUCUGCCUAUCACAGCGUACCAGCGACGCAACUUUUUACACGAGAG